AUGCAAAGACACACAGCAGCAACUGAGAGCGUCCGAGCGGCUAACAGAAGAUGGGCGACGCGCAAAACUGCGGCCGCUGCAGUCCGGCCACUGGGCAGGAAGCAGUUUGAUGCCGGGGACCAGUGGGAGUCAGAGGGACACUUUGCGCUCGUGAAAGCCGGCGUCCUCGGCUUGAUUUUCGUGCUUGCGACGUUUAGUAAUGUUUUAUGCUGCGCGCGCCUCUGGAAGAGGCGCAGAAGGAACAGCCGAACGCAGCUGUUCCUGCUGCACCUGUGCUUCGCGGACCUGGUGGUCGCGUUUUUCCAGGUCUUGCCACAGGUCUCCAUGGAGAUAACGCAACGCUUCAGGGGCUCGGACAUUGUCUGCAGAUCUGUGAAGUAUCUUCAGGUUUUUGGAAUGUUCGCCUCGCCGUAUAUGAUUGUAGCUAUGACUAUAGACCGUUACCGCGCGGUUUGCGCACCCAUGGUGUCGUUUCUCACUGGGUCAUUUCGGAGACACGUGGCGAUAAGCGCGGUGUGGCUCAUCUCUUUGGCAUUUAGUGUCCCGCAGUUGUUCAUCUUUUCCCUUCGAGAAGUGGAGACGAACGUUUACGAUUGCUGGGCCACAUUUAUUGAACCUUGGGGAGGAAGAAUAUACAUAACCUGGAUCACGCUGGCUGUGUUUGUUCUUCCAGCAGUCAUUUUACUGUAUUGUCAGAUCAAUAUAUGCACAGGAAUUUAUUUUAACAUGAAAAAGAAAGCGCUACAGGCUGUCACUAGUGAUGGGCGUCAUUGCUCCAAAGGAGUGUCAAGCGCAAUGUUGAAAACUGUCAAAAUGACGUUCGUUUAUUAUUUGGUAUAUACGGUUUGCUGGAGCCCGUUUUUUGUUGUCCAGCUGUGGUCUGCCUGGAGUCCAAACAGUGCGCCAACCACCGGGCCAGUGUUCGUGACCAUUAUGCUACUUGCCAGUCUCAACAGUUGCACAAACCCAUGGAUCUACCUGUAUUACUGUUAAAGCGCUUUACCCGAGUACCACGAAGACGUGUGGGGGUCCUGAACAGAGAAACCACCGUAAGAUUGAAGUGACCAUCACCGUGACCCAAAACCUCACUCCCAAAACUUCAGAAUGCUAUAUAUCUUAAUCUUUCGACCAUGUGACCACGUGACCCAUUAUCAGCUUUCGACCACGUGACCACGUGACCUAUUAUCAGGGGAAUGUUUUAGGGGUUGUGGACCACUCUCUCUGA